AUGUCUACACACGAAACACCCAUACUUGGGAAUGAGCAAGGUAACGCUGCAAAUCUUGAGCUCCAAGCGCAGCCAAAGCAGCUCAACGAGGCCAGGGCCAUUGACGUGGUAGCUGUCCAUGGCCUGACCCCAUGGGCUUCCAACACUGACUCUUUCUUCUGGUUACGGGAUUUCAUUUCCAAGGAUGUUCUCGGUGCCAGAGUCUUCACAUUCAAUUAUGACGUUAAGGCAGUCUGGUUCUGCGGAGAGCCACUCAAGAGCAUGCAAGACAUAUCUAGGGCCCUGCUGGUGGAGAUCGCUGCUGUUCGGGAGCAGGUACCGGUGACACGCCCGCUGGUGUUGAUCUGCCAUGGGUUUGGUGGCUUUAUAGUCGAAUCUUGCUUGAAUAACGCCUUCGCACAUGAGCCGCCAUUUCCAGACAUACUCGAUUGCACUCGGGGGAUCAUCUUCCUUAGUACGCCACAACGUACGUCCGAUGACUUACCCUGGGAGGCGCUCUUGACGCGCUGCGCGGUAGACAGUAUACCUCCGUGGUUGACCCGAGGCGAGCUGUCAGAUUUGGAAAGCCUUGUAUGGGCACGGAGAAAUGCAUAUAUUCUGAGCGGUAUCCGCAAGUCCUUCCGGGCUAGCAUGAAGACACGCAUGAAGGAAAGUGUGGCUGGGAAGAUGAAAUUGCUUUUCUGCUAUGAAGAGAAUCCGAUGCCAUCGCGCCAGGGUCCUACUUUGACCAAGUACUCUGCAGCUCUUGGUCUCGGCGGCGAGAAAACCAUGUUGAUGGCUGGUUGCAGUCACCUUUCCAUGGCAUAUUUCAUCAAUCGGGAGGAUGCAAACUAUAAAGCAAUUGUCACUGCCAUCAAGAAGACCCGAAAACGAGGGCUAAGUGAUACAGCACCAGUCCCAACUCUUGACGGUUGUGGGUCCGGGUUGGACAGCAAUGCCCAAGAUAUUCACAACCCAUGGGCCAGGGAGGUAUCUCAGGCGACAACUGUGCAUGCCAUCCCAAGUAAUUCGAUCGUGGGUCGACAUUAUGUCAACUUGCAGAGUGCAGUUCCGGCUACCAUUGAUGCACCUGAAAUCACGGCAUUCCCACCGAUGCCACUGCGUGCAAUGGGUAUCCGUGACUUAGGUCAUGAUAUAUUGACAGCUCGUAUGGCCAUGCCUACUACGCAGUCGCCUGCCCGCCGCAACACCCAGGUCGCAACAGUGGCAUCUUCUCCUCCCAGUUUCGCUAGUCCAUCAUUCCCGCGGAUCAAACCUAGCAAGCAGAUUCGCAGGCGACCCGUCGGUCAGCCCCCUAGCAGGCCAAUGCCUGCACCAAGUAUACCUGAGCCGGCACGUAUCAGGCCAUCAAACUCAUCUGUUCGAGGGAUCCAGCCUGUUACACAAUCCCUACGUCCUACUCAUUCUGCAACUAGACACUCAGGGCAGGAUAUACAGCAUACUCAGCAGCCACCCACCAUCUCUCCAGUUCCAGCGCUCGCAUCAGGGCCUUCUACGAAGUCAGGCAAAAAGUCCGAAGAGGCACAGGAGGUUGGGGUUUUGGGUGCUGCAAGCUUGAAGGUCGGAACUGCAGCAUCUAAGCCACCAGUCGCCCAUCAACCAAUAGGCAACCAGCCUGUGAUCUCUAGCCCUGGCAGCUUUGACAAGAGGAACCAAGGAAUCCAUUUUACAACUACCAAGACCAUGCCGACCGGUCCAAAUCAGUGCUCCGCCCCGCAUCCUACUUCAGGCGUCUACCAAUUUCCUACAGUUGUGCAUGCACCUGCUAUAAGCCACACUUCAGUCCUUACGGUCCAAACAACGUCAACUCAGGUGCUACCUCGAAAGAAAAAGGCAAAAGCACCCCGAGCACCCCCAACCGAGCGAAGUUCCAAAAGCAGAAAAGCACCAGAGACAAAGUCGGUGCCGGAACGGACUCAUCCACAGAAGGUCGACACAGGAACUAGACGACCAACCCCCCCUGGUGGGACCAUCCCCAAGAUUCCUUCAACGCAUGGUCAUCCCACUCUACAACAGGGUCAGCGAGAGCUGCAAUCACGACCAACCCAUCCUCCUCCUCGUAAGAGCUCCGGCUUCUUCAAGAGGCUUUUCUCCCCUGGCAGGGGUUCUGCACCUGCCCCCGACCCCACGAGUGCGCUCGACAACCCAAAGUGGCUCAUAUCAGCCGUACACGCCCCAAGCAAAGCAGCCCAUUUCGGGCAGCAGCAACCUUGGGGACUUGGUAACCAUAUGGGACAUGGUUAUGCUCUUGACCAUGGAGGAAGCCAACAUUCUGGUCACAGUCAUGGUAGCGGCAAUGGUGCGCUUGCUUCUGUGAAUGUUGUUAAUUCUAUACAACCAAUCGGGCCAUUGAGCCUAACGUUGCCGACACAUCAUGUUGAACCCACAGUUCCAAAUGAGCCUACCAGUCAGAUAGAGCCCACAGAGCCGGUGAAGCCAACAGAUCCAGUUGGGCAUACAGGACACAACUUGGGUCCAUCUGAGGAACAUGGCAACGAUAGUAUACACAAUCACGAUUGCAAUUCAGCCCCUCAGCCCCAGAACCAAAGCAGUGGAGAUGGUACUGUGGCCGCUGGCGUUACUGGUGCAUUGAUUGGAUUGGGUGGUGCAGCCAUACUGGGAGCAAGCAUGAGCCAAAGCGAGGCCAGCGAGGCCGGCGAGGAUAGCGAGGACGGUGAGCACAGCGAGGACGGUGAGCACAGCGAGGACGGUGAGUACAGCGAGGACGGUGAGUACAGCGAGGCCGAAGCUGCUGAAGAAGCUGAAGAUAGUGAAGAGGCUGAAGAGGCUGAAGAGGAUAGUGAACACAGCGAGGACAGCGAGGAUGGCGAGGACAGCGAGGACAGCGAGGACAGCGAGGAUGGCGAGGACAGCGAGGACAGCGAGGACAGCGAGGACAGCGAGGAUGGCGAGGACAGCGAGGACAGCGAGGACAGCGAGGACAGCGAGGACAGCGAGGACAGCGAGGAUGGCGAGGACAGCGAGGAUGGCGAGGACAGCGAGGACAGCGAGGACAGCGAGGAUGGCGAGGACAGCGAGGACAGCGAGGACAGCGAGGACAGCGAGGACAGCGAGGACAGCGAGGACAGCGAGGACAGCGAGGAUGGCGAGGACAGCGAGGAUGGCGAGGACAGCGAGGACAGCGAGGACAGCGAGGAUGGCGAGGACAGCGAGGACAGCGAGGACAGCGAGGACAGCGAGGACAGCGAGGACGGCGAGGAUGGCGAGGAGAGCGAGGAGAGUGAGGCGAGUGAGACUGAAGACGCUGAAGAAGAAGAAGAGGAAGAGGAUUAUGGAUACGACGAUGAUGCUUAUAGCCAUGACGAGGAGUACUACGAAUAA